UUCAUGAAAUUGCCGGCCAUGAGCUUGAAGCGCCUUCAAGUUGCCAAUGCGAAACCAUUGACAAUUAAAUGCAAAAGUUUAAGCCUGUUCCUAAAGCUUGCCUACAUGCUGUAAACUUGCAACACGUUGGUUUCAGGAACAGGCUUAUAUGCCACCCACUGAUGCCUUUCUCACAUGAGCAGAACAUGCUGAAUCCAUGCGUCGUGAUCGACUCACAAAUCUGGCGCCUGGGCACACCCAUGUUCUAGUAGUAACGAACUGGGAAAUCGAUGAAGGCUCUGUUGAGGCAUUUUUACAAUGUCGUUGUCUGCUGAGAGAUCACCAUCUACUACUUUCCAUACUUCGGAUCCGAGUGCUGAUGGUUCCAACAAUAUUCGGCUCGGGGAAGCUUCACAUCGCACGGAAACAUGCAAUAUUGUCAUUUUUGGAGAAACAGGAGCUGGUAAAAGUUCCUUGGUCAAUUUGAUCACUGGGACUCAAACGGCGCCAACGUCCUCCGAUACCACGGGAUGUACCACUAAAACGAACGUGUACGAGCACGACGUUGUGGUUCAGGACAAGACCUUAAAGGUAAACCUUUUUGAUACGGCCGGUCUUGAUGAGGACUGUCAGGGAACAGUCCCCGAUAAGGAAGCUCAGGGAGUUUUGAAGAAGCUCCUUCAAACCCUUAUGGAGCAGGAUGGCAUUCAUCUCCUCAUGUACUGCGUACAGGGUACGAGAGAGAGCACGGCGCUCCGCCGGAACUACAUGUCAAUGUACUCCAAAGUUCAGAACAAGGUUCCGAUCGUCAUUGUCGUUACACGUUUGGAAAACCAAGAACCAGACAUGGAACAAUGGUGGCGGAAGAACGAGCAAUCCAUUUCAAAACUCAAGAUGACCUUCGCUGGCCACGCAUGUGUCACCACGGUGGCCAUCCACGAAGAUGACUCUGUUGCGCUCAAGGAGCGUGGCAAACAGUCAUAUCGUGCUAUCUGCGAGCUUAUCAAGGAUUGUCGCCUGCCCAAUGAGAAAGGCGUUCGCGACGUCGAAUGGGCAUGCGAUGUCCAUGAAAGGGACCACCCGCGAAACGUAAUCGUCUGCGACUCUGCUGUCCCAGCGCCCAUGAAUCUUUGCAACAUAGCCGGCGUCAUUAAUGGUGCAUGGGUCAGAUCCACAGUUGUUAUGCGCGGGCAUUAUUACAUGUUCCAGCGCGUAACUGCGCCCUAUCCCCCUGCCAAACGGUCCAAAGGAGGCGUUGGUUUCGAACCCUGCUUGUUGAUUUUUUACGUGGACAAGGAUGAGUCCGUCGAUACGCAGAGGACGGAGGUGCAGAAGUUUCAAAAAGUCUACGCGAAAUCUAAAGUUAGCUUGGUUGUCGUGGUCUGUGGCUGCGACAGUGAUGAAGAUGCGAAAGGAUGGUGGGAGGGGUCAAAUAACACUGGCACGGACCCAUCGUCAGCACCUUCCAUUACCUUCACAUACUUACCUCGAGAUGCGUCGGAGCAUUCUGAGAAUGCUCAAGAAACACUCCAAAAGUUGAUUUGGGAGUUGUCUCGUCCUGGAGAACCUCGCGGUUCCGUGGUCCGAGAUCUUCUCAAUCGUGUGUGGGGAUAUCUCGCAAGAGUCAACUAGCACCGACACUGGCAGCUCUAGCGUUGUCGAUGUUCGCUGUCAAUGUUACUCGAGGAUUAGACUUAUCCAA